AUGAGGAAGGUCAUUUUGGUCAUUUUUUCCAUUACGUCAACUCAAUGGCAAACGCCUAAUUACGACACCGAAAAGUCGCUGCGUUUCCUAAAAGAACAUGGCUUUUGUUCUUCUUUGGCUCGAUUUCUUAACCUGAAAUCGAUUAUUAUCAAUGGAGAUUGUAUCAUCACUACCAAACAUCAACCUUUUCUCUUUUCUACCUUUCUCCCUUCCACCAUCAGACUCACAGUCACAAUCCUUCGUCCUCCACCACUGAUACCAACACCAAAGUACUCACCAUCCCGUCGAAACCGCAAUCAAACUAAUCCCAAGACACAAUCAAACCCAGUCCUAAAGCUCCCACACCGCCAAACACGUUACGAAAAACCCGUAAAAGGAAUCAUAUCCUCUGACGUAGACCGCACGAUCCUAAUCGGCGAAUCCGGCAUCUCCUACAAGCUCCCCUGCGCUCCCUUCGAGUUUCAGUUCAGCUACUCAGAGACUCCCAACGCGAAACCGGUGGGGAUACGUGAGCCAGCGUUCAUGUCGUUCGAUCCGCCAACGAUGCCGAUGCCGAGGCCGAGAAACGGUGAGCUUCCUUCUAGAUGGGAUGGUCCUAAUGGUACUGUGGUUUUGGUCAACAAACCCCAAAGAAUCAACUUCUUUUACCGUUUCUGUAUAUCUCAGGUUGGUCAUGCUGGAACACUUGAUCCUAUGGCUACUGGUCUCUUAAUCGUUUGUGUUGGUAAGGCCACAAAGGUGGUUGACAGAUACCAAGGGAUGAUCAAAGGUUAUAGAGGAGUGAUUCAACGAGAGUCUUGGGAACAUAUUAAAGACAAUGACAUUAAGAAAGCUUUGACAUCUUUUCUUGGCGAGAUAUGGCAAGUUCCUCCAAUGUUCUCAGCUAUAAAAAAACUGUAUGACAAGGCAAGAAGAGGAGAAACCGUGGAGCUUUCUCCCAGACAUACCUCGAUUUUCCAGUUUGAUGUCGAACGCAGUUUAGAUGACAGUUAUGCUCACCUCACUGCUCUCCGGCAAGAUUCAAUAGCUGAAUAUUUUGCUAACGAUGCUUGGGAGUUCAAUGACUUAGAAGUAGCAAUUACAAAGAACUACUUCUAG